UUUCCAUGCAACGGUCAUUCGUAGAUCACGCCACGUUACUGGUAGGGUGUGAUCCCCAUUCAAGCACCGCUACAAGCCAAAAACUCGGUGUUUUGAUCCAUUUGUUGCAGUUUCUGUUCCUCAAAAGUAUCAGCAAGGACAAGAUGGCUUCUGUCGACGCCCAGAGACUGAUCGCGCUGUCCAUCGGCAAGCUGCAGGCCUCCCGAUCACAACGUGGCGGGAUCGACUUGCAUAAGAACCUUCUAGUAUCCCACGUACUCUAUACGGCUCGGACUGCGUUGCUGACCGGGAUGGUUCCCGAGUACUACCACGCUGAAACAACAGCAGUGCAGACCGACGACGACACCGUGGAUUGUCCCGAAAGGGUGGAGGAAGUGGCCGUGCCAGUCCCCGAGAGUAGGGAGUGUGACUCAGCGUUGCCGAGUGGGGAGGGCGAGGGGGAGACCAAAACCCUUUGUACACUCACGCCGGUUGUUGACCUCGCCCAACCGCCGCUUACAUCAGCAAGCGGAAAUGUCGACUCGCGCCUACAAGAGACUGAUGUAACCCUGACCGAGACUAUGGACAAGGAGAAUAUUUCUACCGAGCAACAACAGAACCUAACCACGACCUCGCUGCAGCCCGCUGUGCUCGGUGAAAGGUGCGCGAACGUUCCCACGGCCUCGUGCGACAACAAGCGAUCGGCGGCGCCAUGUUCCUGUUGUCGCAAGCGGAAGCAAUCCGAAACCGAAGCCGCCUGUGACUCAAUUUCCCCCAAGAAACGGAGAAUCGAGCAGCAGGAAACGGACUCAGAAAGCGACUCGUGGGAAACAACAGAGGACAUGUGUACGGAGUCGCCCGUUUCCAGUCUUGUUAGCAUCUUCAACUCAGGAUUUAAAGGACUGGUGCACAGCUCGAUUGAACUAGAAUCCGAGCCACCACAACAAGCUGUGCCCAGAUCGGGACCAAACUCAUCCAAACAAGGACUCCAGCAGUGUAUGCAGGAAGUAGUAACUUCUAUCGGGACACUAGCCAGACCGAUUGUUGCAUUCUAGACUCACCAACUUUCCUGUAGUGACUGUAUAUAGUAAUUUGUUUUUGUACCACUUCAUAUCUGCCGCCCUGAUGCGCUGUUCUUACGAAACAAAGGCAGAUGUUUGUCGCAGCCAUUCCACUGGCUCUGAUACCAUUUUCCUCAGCCGCAUGUGCUACAAAAUCACCUUACUUUCGAAACUUAGAUGCAUUCGCACCGAAACAACAUCUAGAGGAAGUCUAUUUGUGCCAAAUGUAGUGUAAUAGAGGCGUGUUUUGACCUGCGUCAUUGAAGAUUGGAUGGUGCUCGAUUUUCCUUUGUCUGAUGAUCUCGGUGACGUCAGACGAUCAUGUAUACAAUUAUGCAGGUCAGCGGAGAAGGGCCUCGUGGCAAGCUGGCAGACAACUCCAAAUCACUGCAAUCAAAUUCUGUUGCUUUAACGAGUCUAAAUUGCAUCUUUUGAAUCAUGUAUGGCCAUCGGAUGCCAGAAAUUGUGCUACAUGUUUUGGUUAGCUGUUGCAAAAUGGUGUUUACUUUUUCGUGUCUGGAAGCGAGGACCCAAUUUCCGCCAGCGUUUGAUGCAAAUCAAGUUUCAUUGUUAUGCAUCGAGCAAACAAGGGUGCUAGUAGCAGGGGCCCAGGUCGGGGUUUUCCCGCCGGGGUUCCCCUCUAGUCUCCAACCAUCUGUGCCCCUAGAUGUCUGUUUUCUUCUGUUGUCUUACCGACACUACCAUAUUUGGUAUCAGGAAUGUAGACAGGCUGGCUGAGGAAUUCUCGUGCAAUAGCGGCAAAAAGAACAGCUGCCCCAGGGCCAAAUCUGUAAACACACAAGAAGAUGAAAAGCUGCUAGCUUGAUCUUUUGUAAAUAUUGUAGUCUAGGGAAAAACUCGACAAGCCGUACAACUCCUGUACUCAUAUGAAGAGUACUUACAAUGAUAUUGUACAUGUUUUUUUAUCGUUAAUUUAUGCUGGAACCCGAGAUGUGAGAUUGUAUGGUUCAAAAGACACUUGAGCCUGAUAUGUACAUACUUGCAAUGUGACUCGCUGUUGUUAUGGUAACGCAGGUGAUGCGUUGCCUUACGUCAUGUUCUGGGAAUAAAAAGUCCCAUCGGAUGAUGACACAUGAA